AUGUUGCGAAGGUGGUUUGGUCGAGGCGAUGCUGGGGAGGAGAAGAAGGAGCAAGCGACAAUAGGUUUGGAACUAUGAAAGUUUAUACAUUUAUAUAUUAAUACAUCCAGAGAGGCUUGAGAUAUAGCAACCUUCGAAAAAAAAAACUAUUUUUUCAUUCACCAUAGUCGAUCCAUCAUGACUUGAAAGGCGAAGGAGGCGGAGAAGUGUGCGUGACGUGCGCGUACGCGGUUCUUGGCAAAAGCUCAAUUCCAACCCUGACGGAGUUUUUUGACGACGCCACGCCAAUAUGUUUUCCGUAAAGUGUAGUGUGUCGUGUGCAUGCACCACGGCGCUCUCGCACAUGCCGUGUUCAAAAUAAUUUUCAAAAAACGCCGUGCCCCACUGUGUCACGGCUUUUUGUAUCUAUUCUACUAUUUUUUGAUGCGCUUUUGAAAAAAUCAAUGAAUAGUUAAAAAUGCAAAGAGCGAUAAACGAGCUCACCGAAUAAACGCUGGCGAUUGAUACGAACCAUACGCGUCCCGCCUUCUUCGCCUUUCAAGUCGGGAAAAAUUGACGUUAUAGUUUUGGAGUUUCAAUGAUGACCCAGGGAUCUAAACUGAUUUUUUUCAGAGAGAAUGGAAAAAGGUUUAGAAAAACCGGACGCUCCGAAUGUUACUGUGACUGAUGCACCAACGGACUUUGUCCCACCAAGGAGGAUUGUUCGUGAAGAUGGUUCGAUUUUGGAAUGAGAAUUUUUGGUGGCCACUAUAGAGGCUCGCCAAGGACUACUUGGGGAGGACACUAGAGUGGUCACAGGCCUCUACAGUGGUCACUAUAUUCCGUUUUAGUUGCCACUUCAGUAGUUGUUCAUCCCGUAUUCCUUCCAGUAAAUUUGAUAAUUUCAAAACAAACAGAUUAGACCAGUUAUGUUGAUCCAUUGACCCCUAAAGUGGCCAUUAGAAUUUUUAGUGGUCUAGUAGUAGCGCUUAGACCUCUAUAGUGGCCACUAAAACGUGAAGAACUCUCUACAGAGUCUGAGAUGCACGAACUUAUCGAGCCGAAUAAGGCUCCUGAGACUGUUCCGACGCAUCCGGCAGAAUACCUGAAACCGUGGAAGGGAUACCAUGGGUCCGCUUCUUCUUCGCUCCUUCCUAACGAUUCUAUUCAGAUACAUUGGAGAUUUUGAAGCUCGUUGUGCGAUCCGUCACGACGGCCAAUAUCUCAUCCGACUUGAGGACGGUUUUUCUUUUCCAAGUUUUUGAAACGUCUUCAAACUUCAGUUCGCGGUCAGACAAACAUCCUGAUAUGCGUUGGAGAGCCUUUGAGGCAUGAUAAACGGUGGAGGAGGCCAGGAAUGCCGAAGGAGGGUCCGUAAAAUGUUUAUUAAAAUUCAAAUGAUGGAACAAAAUUUCAGCCGAGGAAGACCCAGACCCUGUGAUUCGUGUCAGGACCCACGUCGUUGAGAAAGACAAGCGCGGCUAUUUUUCGAUCGAAGAUGACUAUUGCUUCGAAUCAGUCGAAGAUCUCCUCGGUUUCUACGUUUUUCAUGGCGAAAAGGUGAAAACCAGAAAGUUCGGAAAAACGGAUCGAUUCCAGUGGAAACUCGCCGCCCAGCUCCGUUACGCGGUCCCUCGCAGGAAUUUCGAGUUCAGGCCACGUUAUAUUGAGCGCAAAAAGAAGGCUAGAACUCGAUUCAAAACGUUUUGAAGUCAACUCAAAUUUUCAGCUGGGUAGUGGCAUCUACGGCGACGUUUUCCUUGCGGCCAUCAAUUACCCGGGUUUCUGGAACGAACAAGCCGUUGGGAAAGCAGUCCGUUUUAAUUAUUAAAAUACCUUGAUUUGAAGAAGAGGAUACCUUUUCUAGGUCAAGCAAGGAAGAACGAACUCGGCUGAACUGAGUCGAAAAAUGAUCGAAGAGGGCCGUAUUUUGCUGAAUUUGAGCCAUCCGAACGUUGUCCAAAUGUAUGGAUGGUGCCUCGACAAUCAUCCUUUCAUGUUAUUGCUUCAAUACUUGCCCGGUGAGCUUUGUAAUGAAGAAAAAAAGUCUGACUUUUGUAUCGUAUUUUUUCCGUAAAGUGUAAUGUGUUGUGUGUAUGCACUGCGGCGCUCUCGCACAUGCCGUGUUCGAAGUUAUUCAUGCGCCUUUAAAAUUCCGUUUUUUUACGCUUGUGCGUCGAAGAUCUCCUGAGUUUUUACGUUUUUCAUGGCGGAAGCUUAUGAUGAAACUUUGCUGAAACGAACUUUAGGACCUCCUGAACAAGAAGAACAAGAAAAAUGUCUCGCACUAGAUUUUGUUUUCGAGUUAGGACACUUUAAAAGCCCGAAAGAGCGCUUUUUUUGUCCUAAUUUGCGUAUUUUACGAACUAUGAAGCUUCAUAACUCGAAAACGAGAUCUUUUUUUUGGUCUGUAAAUAAUAACAAAAAGCUCUUUAGUAAGCACACACACACACAAAGGAAAUCGAGUCGUUGCAUUUUACAGACGGCUCUUUGGACCUUUUUCUCUUGGAGAAAUUCGAGUACACAAGCCUUCAUCAUCUCGUACAGUUCGCGUUAGAUGCAGCUCAAGGCCUGGCUUACAUUCAUAGCCAAAAGAUUAUACAUCGCAACAUCUCCGCUAGAAGUUGUCUAUUGACGAGGAAAGGAAAUGUUUCGAAAUUCAGGGGGAAAAAAAGAAUCCUAAUUUGAAGGUGAAAAUCUCUGAUUUUGAAUUAUCUGUCAAAGGAUGCUACUACCGGAUGAGAAAGGCUGAAAGGCUGCCGACAAGAUACGUUGCUCCGGAAAGUUUGAUCUGCUUCGUGUUCAUCGCCAAGAGCGACUGUUACACCUUUGGAGUUGCGUUCAGAGUUGUUUCCCUGGAAAAAUUUCGAUUUUCAGAAUCUUCUUUUUGAAAUAUUCAGUGGCGGAACGAUCCCAUACGAAAACCUUCCAUCGGAUGAAAUUCGCGAGAAUGUUGGUUCUUUUUCAUUAGAGUCAUUAAAGGCAUAGAGGCAGUAAAAAACAGGGUAUCUUGUAGAGCUUCUCAUUGCGAAUCGAACGGUCUACUCAAAAAUGCACAGACAUGAGCUUUUUUUAAAGAAAAAAAGUGAUUUUUUUAAUUUUUUUAAAAAAAUGCUUGGAUACGGAAAAAAAUGUUUACAGUAGCCGUGCACGAAAUAGACUCGCAUUUUGUGAGAAAUAACCGAAUAUCUACUCGAAAUGGAGGGUUUCUGCUCUGAAAAAUGAUUUAGGCGAACAAAAAGCCCACACGGAUAAUAAAGGAAACGGAAAGUUUCGAUUUCGCAAUCGGAAUCUGUUUAAAAUGAUCAUUUUGCGAUCAAUAUAUUUUUUUCAUAUAUAGUAAGCUCUCAUGACGAAAAUAACUUGACAAGAGAAAAAAUAGAAAGCAAAAAGGAACGAAGAAAAAAGCGAAAAUCCAAAAAAUGUCGAAGCGUGUUGUCCAUAGAGCAACUUUACUGCAAAGGGCCAUUUUGGCGGGAACUCACUUUUCUCUUUCCGACUUUGAAUUGUUUUCUCUCCAAAACUAGGAAGUUCUGUACUUUAUCAAGCUCACCGUUCGACAGGCAAGAAAGAGCUCUACAAAAUGCUAUAUUUGUCUCCAACUUAUCAUUUAUUACUUCCCCUAUGCAGAUUCUGUGCGGAAUCACGAACAAGCUGCCGAGCCGAACGCCGGAUUCGUUGGUCAAAUUCACCGAAGAACGUAUUUGGGGCUACACUUUUAUCGAAAGGCCGAAUGCCAAUGAGGUUGUCCUCUGAAUCUGGAAUUCUGGGAAACAAUUGAGAAUCUUUUACAGAUUGUUGAUUUCCUCGAAAAUUUGCUUAAAGAAAUGGUAGUUUUCUUUUUCUUUUCCCUUUUCAAUAACUAAUCUGUAGAAAGACAAAGCGAAGGUGGCAACGGUUGGCGAGGAGGACGAGGAGCUUAAUGUGAGUUGCGAAAUGUUUCUUUCAGCUCAAAAAAAGUUGCGAAAUUGAAAAAAAUUCAAUAUUUAAACAUGAAAAAAGUUCUGGAAGAAAAUUUACUCGAUUCUUUCGAAAAACAUGUUACCACAGCGUUUUGACGACAUCCUAAUUUUUCCGUAAAGUGUAGUGUGUCGUGUGCAUGCAAUGCGACGCUCUCGCACAUGCCGUGUUCAAAGUAAUUUUCGCGAAAUUCAAAAUUAUCUCUGAAUUUCCGAAGAUCAGUUAUAUUUUUCAUUCUCUGGCGGCUGUUUUGAGUUUACUUUGAACAUGGCAUAUGCUUUUUAAAAAAAUGAAACAUAAAAAUUGCGUUUUUUUAAAUGAGAAGGCGAUUCGUCUCAAGACCCAUUGAACAUGCGCCUUUAAAAUUUCCUGUUGUUUACGCUUGUUCACCAUGACGUCACAUGGGAACGGCGGUGGUUUUGACCCCGCCCCCUUCAAUUUCAGUUUUUAAGUUUCUUCCACUGAAAAAAACGCCAUAUUAUAAAAAAAGUUCAGCGAAACGAAGCGAAAUCGAGAAAGAAUAGACUUCACUGCAAAGUUCGCAGAGAGGUGUUUCUUCGUUUUUUCGACAGUGUUCUUUUGAAAGCUAACUUUCAGGACCUAUUGGAAGAGUUCUGUCCAAUGCAAGUGUCGACCGCCUAG